AUGGAGUCUGUGGUGAGAGUGAAAAAGUUGCUGAGGACGCCCAUCAGGAAGCUGACAGGCUGGGUGUCACUGGUGAAGGAGAGGGAGUCGUGUGCCAAACACAGGAACAAGAGGGGUAGAGGUGGGAGAAGAAGAGGAGGACGCAACCGGUUUGGGAGGACCCCUCCUCGCCGAACAUCACACCCCAAAGACCCGUCAAUCAUCUGCUCGUACCAGGAGGACCUGGAGAAGGAGAGGCAACUGCGGGAAGCAUUGAACGCUCAGAAGAAUGCAGAGAGAGCAUCUAUGAGAUCUCACUUCAGGAAAAAAUAUCAUCUGUCUGAGAGCCCCAAGGACAAAAACCACCUGAGGUCUGUGGGAGGAAAAGUGUCGCUCCCCCAUAAGCUGUCGAAGAUCAUUCAUCCUAAAACCAAAACUAAGGACGACGACUUUAACCUGCUGAGCGCCUUUCAAGGCCUCAGCUUUGGCACAACGGAGCUCAAAGGGAGGAAACACAGCAAGACAUCUACUGCUGCACCAGCAACUUGUAAAGUCAUGUGAUCAAUAUGUGAUCAAAGGGAAGAUCGGUACAACACCUUCUCAAUGUGUUAGUUUAGUGCAGGGGACCAGUAGGGGACCCUCAUACAUGAUUGCU